AUGGACGACAAGAAGAACGAAGAUGUUGAGAUGCGCAAUUUCAAUGGGCGCUCCUCUCCAUCUCAACGCGACCCUUUCCUGUCCAAGCCAGGGGCAGCAACCAAAAGAGGAGGUUCUGCCUUUGAUCUCUCCAAUGUCACGAAUAGCCCUGGGAUAUCCAUUAUGGCCUACUGUUUGGCAUCGAUUUCUAUGACUGUAACCAAUAAAUUCUGUGUCUCGGGAACAAACUGGAAUUUGAACUUCUUCUAUCUCGCCAUUCAGUCUGUUGUAUGUAUCAUUGCGAUUAUCAUCUGCAAGCAAGCGGGCUUGAUCACAAAUCUUGCACCAUUCGAUACCAAGAAGGCCAAAACAUGGUUUCCCAUCUCACUCCUCCUUGUCGGCAUGAUUUACACCAGCACGAAGGCUCUUCAAUUCCUUUCGGUUCCUGUCUACACAAUCUUUAAGAACUUGACGAUUAUCGUGAUCGCAUAUGGUGAGGUUUUGUGGUUUGGGGGAAGUGUCACUCCUUCAGCUCUCUUCUCAUUUGGUCUUAUGGUUCUCAGCUCGGUCGUUGCGGCUUGGGCUGAUAUCCAACAUGCUUUGUAUGGAGGUGGUGCUACGCAAUCUGCAGAAGCUGCUGCUGCUCUCUCCACUUUGAAUUCUGGAUAUGCGUGGAUGGGGGUAAACGUUUUCUGCACUGCGGCAUAUGUUUUGUCCAUGCGUAAGGUCAUUAAGAAGAUGAACUUUAAGGAUUGGGACACCAUGUUCUACAACAAUCUCCUCACGAUCCCUGUCCUCUUCGUUUGCUCUUUCAUCUUCGAAAACUGGACAUCCGAAAACCUCCUCAAGAACUUCCCAGUUGAGACCCGAAACAACCUCAUUCUCGGCAUGGUCUACUCUGGUCUUGCUACUAUCUUCAUCUCAUACUGCUCUGCUUGGUGUAUCCGUGUCACUUCUUCGACAACCUACUCCAUGGUUGGUGCCCUCAACAAGUUGCCAAUCGCUAUUAGUGGUCUCGUUUUCUUCGCGGCCCCUGUCACAUUCGGAAGUGUAUCUGCCAUCUUCAUUGGUUUCGUCAGUGGUAUCGUUUAUGCAUGGGCAAAGGUCAGACAAAAUCUGUCAGCCAAGAGCCUUCUUCCCACAACACAACCAGUUAUGAGCGCCAGUUCCCAGAGCAGCCGCGAUGCCGCAAAGGCACUCUCCUUUACUCAAGGUUUACUUUUAGGCCAACUGUCAAUCGUCAUUCUAAUCGGCGCCUUCAUCAAAUUCUUCAUCUUCGGCGACCCUCCCUCCCCAGACGUAACCGCAGCCCUCCGCGCCACCGAACGACGCUCCCGAACCCUUGCACACAAAAGAUCUCUCCUCACGCUCCGCAGCCUCACCCCACGCCAUGCCUCUCAGCCCUUAAAUCGCAAACGCUUCAGCGUCUUGCGAAACCCGGCGCCGCUGACCACAAAUGCUAUUCUGAGUAAAACAUACUAUAAUGUGGAUAGUCACCAACCGGAAAGUCUCGAUUGGUUCAACGUGCUGAUUGCUCAGACGAUCGCACAGUUUCGCGCGGAUGCGCAGCAUGAUGAUGCGAUUCUUACUAGUUUGACUAAGGCUAUGAAUGGCGGGAAUCGCCCGGAUUUUUUGGAUGAGAUUAAGGUUUCGGAAUUGAGUCUGGGAGAGGACUUUCCGAUUUUUAGUAAUUGUAGGGUUAUUCCGGUGGAUGAGGAUGGCAUGACUUUGGGGAGAGAGGGGGGCGCGGCGGGGAGGGAACAUGGUAGGUUGCAGGCGAGGAUGGAUGUGGAUUUGAGUGAUUUUAUUACGCUGGCGGUGGAGACAAAAUUGUUGCUUAAUUAUCCGAAGCCAUUGGUUGCGGUGUUACCGGUUGCGCUGGCGGUUUCGGUGGUGAGGUUUAGUGGUACUUUAUCCAUUUCGUUUGUUCCCGGCAGUCCAUUGAACGGAAGUCCUACUACACUCGCAUUCUGUUUCUUGGAUGAUUAUAGACUCGAUCUUUCGAUACGCAGUUUGGUGGGUAGUCGAUCUCGCCUACAGGAUGUCCCGAAGAUCGCUCAGUUGAUUGAAGCUCGACUGCAUACAUGGUUUGAUGAACGAUGUGUCGAGCCUCGAUUCCAACAAAUUGAACUCCCAAGUCUAUGGCCAAGGAAGAAGAAUACGAGGGGAGGGGAGGAUCUAGAUACGGGGUCGGAGGCGGGGGGUAUUGGGAUUGGGAUUGGGAUUGGAAUUGGGAGAGCGAGGAGUAGAGAUGUAGAGCGCGAUUUGAGGGAGGAGGCAAGGAAGGAGGUUGAGGCGGAAACGGGGGUUAGGGUGGGGAGAAGUACGGGGAGGUUGGGGGUUAGUUUGGAUGUUCCGGAGAGGGGGGAGGUGGGGAAUGGGAGUGGGAGUGGCAGUGGGAGUGGGAAGAGGAAUGGGAGUGAGGAUGGUCUGAGGUUUAGACGAAGAAGUAGGAGUAGAGAGGAUAAAUAUUCUAUGCCGGGGAGUAUGCCUGGUUUGAGUAUGGCAUAG